GAACACCUUCCGGGUCAUCCGGAAGUGACCCUGGGUGGAGCGGUUGCCAUGGCAGCGGCCAGCCGCGCGGCGGAGCCGAGGAAAGAUGGCGGUGACGGGCUGGCUGGAGAGUCUGCGGGCGGCCGAGAAGACGGCGCUGCUGCAGGACGGCAGAAGGAAGGUGCACUACCUGUUUCCGGACGGGAAGGAGAUGGCUGAAGAGUAUGAUGAGAAAACCGGUGAACUGCUGGUGAGAAAGUGGCGCGUGAAAAGUGCCCUUGGAGCCUUGGGCCAAUGGCAGAUUGAGGUGGGAGAGCCAGCACCCCCAGGAGCAGGGAGCCUGGGGCCUGAACUCAUCAAGGAGAGCAGUGCCAAUCCCAUCUUCAUGCGCAAGGAUACCAAGAUGAACUUCCAGUGGCGGAUUCGCAACCUGCCCUACCCGAAAGAUGUCUAUAGUAUAUGUGUUGACCAGAAGGAGCGCUGCAUUGUCGUCAGAACCACCAACAAAAAGUACUACAAGAAGUUCUCCAUUCCUGACCUAGACAGAUACCAGCUACCCCUGGAUGAUUCUUCGCUAAGCUUUGCAUAUGCCAACUGCACCUUGAUCAUCUCCUACCAAAAGCCCAAGGAGGUCCUACUGGCAGAGUCUGAGCUGCAGAAGGAGCUGAAGAAAGUCAAGACGGCCCACAGUGGUGAUGGGGACUGCAAGACCCAGUAGGGGGGAGCCAUGAGCCUGCGCCCUCUGUGUGGAGGGUGGGUGAGACGCUGCUUCUCUCCUGAGAGACUGUGAGGCCUGGGCCUUUCUCACACUGGGGCCAGCAGUUCUUCUACUGAGGCUUGGUAAGAACAAGGCUGGGGCUAUCAGUGUCCCUCC